ACCACUGGACAACUCAAGCAACUUUUUACUUUCUGACGUUCUCUAUUAGGCACUUUUUUUUUGUCUAUUCAGGCUUUUGGUAUUACAUACGGGGCAGAGCAUAUCCGCAGCACAGGAGAACUGCCUUGGACCCGGUGGUCUACAGCGACCCUUGAUCUCGUCAAAGCCGAUCCCGCGGGCGCGUUAUCUCUUUGCCAAGCCGCGUUCUCUCCCUUUGUGUUCCGUACGAGUAACCGAGGGUCCUCAAACACAGCCGACGACAAUGAGGCUUCGAAAUAGGCAGUCGCCCCUCCUCUUCCUUCUCCUCCCGUCCCUUGCUAUCGCCGCCGCCGCCGCCGCCGCCGACCCGCAAUUGGAUAGGGACUCGGUCGCAGUCAGGGCUGGUGCGUCGACCGGGAGGAGAUACGGCACCAAAGAUGCGCCAAUCGACGGCAAUGACGGGAAACCCCAUGCUGGGCCCUUCGUCGAACUGGGCUCGAGCUCUGGCUCUGCGGAGGACUUGCCGGUCCUCAAAGACCGCCCGGCAGACCCAUUGAUUGUCGACGGGAAGCGGAUACCCGAGAGCCACGACGGCGUGAUGGACGACAAGGACUGGUCGGGGCCCAGGAAAGGGCCCACGGGUACCGAAGGGGGCGUGAGCGAAAAGGAAAAAGAAAAAAGGUUGAGGGAGAUGCAGACUGGCGAGAAGGUCGAAAACAAGCCGCCGACACCGAAGGAAGCGCCUCCGCUCCCGCAUUCCGAGCAGGAGAGAAUUCAGGUGGCCAAAAACGAUGAUAGAUCCGAUGACAGGGCGUCGACUGCCGACCCCUCCGGGCUCGAGAGACCGGCCGAUCUUCCGGGACGGACACACGACCACUCUCUUCCGCUUCCCGAUUCCGCGGCGAACAUUGAUCACUUGGAGGUCCCGAGGGCCGGCAAACUAGGGGGGGCUGCAGAGCCCGACGGCGAAGGCGGCGAAGGGCUCAUCCGACCGUUUCAUUCCUUCAUGCUCUCGUAUACAAUGAUUAUCUUUUCCGAGGUCGGCGACAAGACCUUUCUGGUUGCCGCCCUCAUGGCGAUGAAACACGACCGCAUGGUGGUGUUCUCGGCCGCCCUGGGCGCUCUGGUGGCCAUGACGGUCCUCUCGGCCGUCCUGGGGCACGCGGUGCCCGCCUUGAUUCCCAAGCGGCUGACGACCUUCCUCGCCGCCGUCUUGUUCUUCGUCUUCGGGGCCCGGCUGCUCCGCGAGGGGCUCGCCAUGAGUCCCGACGAGGGCGUCUCUGCCGAGAUGCAGGAGGUGGAGAUGGAGCUGGAGGAGAAGGAGAGCCUCGCGAGGAAGGAGACGGCUUCGCCGUACGCCCUGGAAAUGGGCCUCGGCAACCGCAAGCCCCGCUCCAAGUCUCGGUUCCCUGCGCCGACCCGCAGCCCCUCCAGCUCGCCCGAGGGCCGGAGCCCGUCGCCGCGCCCCGGGGCCCUGGUCAGCUUCCUCUCGGGCCUCAACAACCUCGUCUCGCUGCUCCUCAGCCCCGCUUGGGUGCAGACCUUUGUCAUGACCUUCCUCGGGGAAUGGGGUGAUCGCAGCCAGAUCGCGACCAUUGCCAUGGCGGCCGGUCAGGACUACUGGUGGGUGACGCUGGGCGCGGUCAUGGGCCAUGCGUGCUGCACGGGAGUCGCUGUCCUCGGAGGCAGGGCGAUUGCCGGUCGAGUCAGUCUCAAAGUCGUGACUAUCGGCGGGGCUAUCGCGUUCCUUGUUUUCGCAUUCGUCUACCUGUUCGAGGCCAUGUACUCAUAAAACAAAUAACGGGCCACAAUGCGAUUGUUAGAGGGUGAGGGGUGUUUGGUUGGCUGUGCCAGCUGCUGAACGACAACCGGCGGCAGCUCUAAUUUUCCCCGUCACAACUUGUAAUUCUGCGCUUACACGCGACACGAUGACCUUUCUUUUUUUCGAUCUAGCAGCCAGGCGGUAUCGGUCACGUUAUAAUGGAUCUGGACAGAGCGUUCUGUUGGGGUAGAGCCGCGUAUGAUCGUUCACGUGUGUAUUAUAAUUAUUAUACUGGUCUACGGGGAUUGGUCACGGUUGGGCAUAGCAGGUUGAACAGAUGGAGCGGUCUCGAAACGGCUCUACUUUGGCCGGGGAGUCUAGACGUUUAUAAGAACCGGACAUGGGGAUGACGGGAGGUUGGGUUGGAUUGGGCUGGAUUGGGAGAGUAAGGAGGGGGUUAACUUAAUAUUCUGUAUAGGAAUCGCACCAUUUUGUUACAGGAUU